AUGGAUCUCAAGAGUCGCAUCUCGUCGCCUCUGGAGGCCGGCACCUCCAUUCUCGAUGUCCAGCACUUGCCGCCCCAUCUCAACGAGGCUCUCGAGUAUGCCUCCAAGCGCCUCGCCAGAAAGGCCCUCCACGUCACCCUGGUCGUCGCCCGCCGCGAGUACCAGCUCCCCACCCUCCUCCCUUCCUCCGCCUCCUCUUCGGCCUGCUCGUCGGUCCUCUCCUCACCGACAAUGUCGCCCGUCCCGGGCUCGGCAUCCAGCACCUCCUCAGUCUCGUCGUCGUCCUCCCGCUUCAACUUCUCCACGAAAUCGCCCGUCUCCUCCUUCAAGAAGCUCGUCCGCACAAACACCGGCUCCAGCAUCUCUUCCGUCUCCUCCGUCUCAUCGGCCGGCAGCAACGCCCCCGAGAGCUUCGUCUUCACGCCAUCCUUCCUCAUGGACACCAACGGCCCGAGACUGAGGUGGCCUCUGUCGCCCGGCAUCCCCCUCUCGCCGCCGCCCAUGACACCGUCGACGGCCUCUUCCACCAUCACCGACGCCUCCGGCCCCAUGUCGCCCAACCCCUUUGGCAUCCGCCUCGUCCACGCCGACCUGCUCACCGACAAGCAAGAGAGGACUCUGCGCCAGACCAUUGAUCGGGCAGAGAGGAAGUUCCGCAUUGGAACCGAAUGGCUUCCCCCGGUAGUAGACGGCUCCGCCUGCGGCCUAACAAGCAGCCUCAUCCGCCGCUCCAUUGUCCAAAACGAAGUCCUCUUCGCCUCAGAAGGCCUCACCCUCGUCUCCCUCGAUCGCCUCUACACAUUCAAGGCCGCCCUCUCAAGCUACUCCCGCACGAACGCCCCUCUCCGUCUCGAAGACGCCGUCGACGAGCUCCGCCGUCUCGUCCUCUCCCGCGCCGGCAACAAGGUCGCCAAGGCAGACAUCCUCCGCUCCUACGACUGGCUCAGCGUCACCGACGUCGCGCUCGCGGACGUCGACAAGAUGUACCGCAGGGCCUACGGCGGCCCGGAUAGGGUAGGCGCCAUCGAGGGUGUUGGCGCUGCGGCGCAGGUGGCGAGGACGGUGAGGGAACUCGAGCGCGAGGUUGACGAGACGCUGGCUGGCACGGUAGCCGCAACAGACGACUUCAUCCGCAUCGCCAAACCGCCUUCCCCGCCAAAGGGCCCCGUCCUGAAGCUGCAGACAAACUUUGACGUCAGGAACAUGGUGGCUGCGCCAGUGGAGGUCGCAGAGGAGGACGAGGACCUCACGGCCCGGCCGGAGCGUCAGCCGCCCGUGUCCAUCUGGAGCCCCGUCUCCAUCGCCGAGGUCCUGCACGAGGACCGUCGCAGCCAGUCGGGUCCGAUGACGCCCAACGGCUACGACGAUAUCUCGCCCAUCACCCGCGGCGAGUGGGGGUUCCUCAUGGGACCUGCCGGUGUGGGUGGCGGUCGCACUGCCCCUGUCAUGACUUGCUGA